UCUUUUAUAAGCAUUGCGUUGGUGGCUUACGGAAUGAGAUUUCAAUAUGGCAGCCGUCGUGAUAUCUGCACAAGUCGGUAUCGCGGAAAUGUUUUGAAGUCGUUGAGUAAUCGCGACAACCGGUUGACGUACAACGCAUAGGCGUGUCUGGUGGAAAUUACCAGCCACCAAGUGCUGUUAAUUAAACGGCACCAUUAGAAUAGUAAACUAGUUAGUGCUUAUUUAUCUACUAAUCGAAUACUGUCCGAGAGCCUCGCCGGAUUUUAUAAUAAAAGGGGGAACUUGAAACGACCAUGGGGAAACAAAAUAGCAAGUUGAAACCGGAAGUAUUAGAGGAUCUCAAGCAGAAUACAGAAUUUUCAGAUGCCGAGAUUCAAGAAUGGUACAAAGGAUUCUUAAAGGAUUGUCCGAGCGGUCAUCUGAGCGUAGAAGAGUUCAAAAAGAUAUACGGAAAUUUCUUCCCUUACGGCGAUGCUUCCAAGUUUGCAGAACACGUGUUCAGAACAUUCGACGCGAACGGGGAUGGAACAAUCGACUUUCGAGAAUUUUUAUGCGCUCUCAGUGUAACAUCUCGCGGUAAACUGGAACAAAAAUUGAAAUGGGCCUUCAGUAUGUACGAUCUCGAUGGUAAUGGUUAUAUCUCGCGGCAAGAAAUGCUGGAAAUAGUGACGGCAAUUUAUAAAAUGGUGGGUUCCGUGAUGAAAAUGCCCGAGGACGAAUCGACGCCGGAAAAAAGGACCGAUAAGAUAUUUCGACAAAUGGAUAAAAACAAGGAUGGGAAAUUAUCACUCGACGAAUUUAUAGAAGGAGCAAAAAGUGAUCCGUCUAUCGUGCGACUGUUGCAGUGCGAUCCUAGUGCACAAGCUCAGUGAGGCCCUGGGCUAUUAUUACGCAAGUAUUACUGUGUCAUCUAUAUACAUGUGUAUAACUAUAUCGGGACCCGGUCCGAUAAUCUUCGAUAGAAACGAUUAAAAAUUUAUCACGAUAUAUACCACGAAGAAAACUUCCGUAAACUUUUUUUUCCGUUUUCUUUUCUCCUUCUUUCCAUAUAUAUAUAUAUACACAUACUUGUACGUACGAUAAACGCGUUACAGAUUUUUAUGCGUAGAAUAAAAAAAUAUCUUUAUGAACGUUUAAUCGUUUCUGAAAAAUAUAGAUAGAAGAUAUGGGACAGAAGAAUAAGGGAUAAUUUGUAAAUUGGGCCGGUACCCGAAUAAGUCCAGGGUCUCCGGGCCCAUGGCGCUUGCGCAUACCGCAAGCUAGUCUAAAAGACUAGUCCAGUCGCUCCGUCUCGUAAACGGAUCGGUUUUAACGUAAAUUUUCAUAUAUCUCGAUAGUAUCUCACCCUUCUCUCUGCUGCGUACGAACGAAUGACUGAAAAUCGAAAUUAUACGAUGUAUGGAUAUGACACCGCUCGAUACACGCUACAUCAAUCAUAAUUAUUGAGUAGAUCUUAUAUAUAUAUAUAUAUAUUUUCUCUUUUUCCGAUGAUUAUUCCACUCGUUAAUUCACGUCCACCAGAAAUCUUAUUGCGAUACUUCAAUUGUCGUGUCUUUGAUCAUCGUUAAUUUCUUUAAUUUUUUUCAAUCGAAUUAUAUCGUUUUCGUAUACACAUCGUUUUUAAAUUAAUCUUACUUUAUCGAGCAGCAUGUUUUUCGAGCAGUCGUCCUUACCAUCAUCAGUCUCCGUCAUAUGCAGCUCAAGGGUAAAUUAAUUUUUAAACGUGUUAUAUCAUCUUUGUAAGCUAUUUGCAAAAAUAUAUUUUAUAUCUAAUACGUACGAUAAUAA